AUGAAAGCGUAUGUUAUUGUUCUCAUAGUGUUAGGCUCUGUUGCUGCUCUAGGUCUGUUUUUGUUUUUCAUAAUUACAUGCAGAAAGAAGAAACAACGAAAGAGCUCCAUAACAAAUAUUGAAGUUGAAGUUACUACAGGAACAAAUAAAGGUGAAAAAGAUGAUGUGCUUCCUUUAAGAGGAGCUAGUGGUGCUAUUACUUCUACUGCUGUAACAGUCAGCGUAGGUUAUGGUGGCACUAGCAAAGAAGGUGGUGACCGUGAUGGUAAAGCUGGAGCGCCUGGUGGUGGCGGGCGUGCUGUAAACGAUUGUAAAGGAAGUGGUGGCAUUGGUGAUGGAAAAAAUCGCAUUAGAGGUGUUGGUGGUGGGAACAACCGCAACCAAAGUGGUGGUGGUGGAAAUACCCCUGGAGAAAUUGGUGGUGGUGCAACCGGUAUUGGUGUUGGUGUUGGGUUAUAUGGUGGAUUAGGUAGCGGUGGUGUUCAUGGCGGCGGUGGUGGUGAUGGGGGUGGGAUUGGAGGUUGUGCUAGUGGGAGUGAUGGUGGAGGUGGAGGUGGUGGGAACUCAUCUUGUGAUUUUGAGGUUACAACUUCGAACACCACUACCUGA